AUGGCGCCCCACGUAGUGGAUGAAUCCGAAGAAGAACUCUGGCGCGAUGUGGAAGCGUCCUAUAACCCAGCGAUGUUUCAUGUGACACAGAUGUUUGGAAGUAGCACUACAGGUGGCCCAUCUACAUGCGGCUCUAGUACGCAGAGUAGAGGCCCGAUCGUGAGGGCCGGACGCAAGGGAAGCGAGGUCCGUGCCCAGAGUGGACACCACGCCAGAGCUGGACAAAGUAAGGCCCGACUUAUGAAGCUCAAGAUCCCACAGGGACAGUCGACACGCGCUCCGGUUGUUGCUGUCUCCAAUUCGCGGAAGGAAAUCAUGAACACUACAGUGGUGGAAGAUAGUGAUAUGGAUAUUGAUGAAUCUAUAGAUACAGACGUUUCGUCGCCGGACAUUUCGGCCCCGCCAGCACGGGAACCAUUUUUGACAUUGUCAAGUACUCCGAGAGUCGCUUCAAGAUCAUGGUCUUGGUCUCCUAAUACAUCCUCGCAAUCUUCCCCAUUGGGGAAGAAGAAGACGAUUGACCUAUCGCGGCCAACGUAUCAUAUUUCGACAUCAAGUUCAUUUUCUCCCUCUUCACCUAGCAAUGACGUCUUCGAUGCAGGUGUCCCAAUGAAAUUGCUCGAGUCCCCUCUGCAAUGUUCUCCAUCCACCUCUAAGUGCAUCUCCAAACAUGUGACACCAUCCCCCGUAGCCCAUACAAUAGCCACUGUCGGGGAUAGCCGUAGACGAAUUGAUCGUUCCACUUCGACAAUGUUGACGGACAGUACUUCAAUGACAAUGAGAAACAACGUGGUUCAUACUUAUCCUCCACCACCACCACCACCACCAGCUACUACCAUGAGGCCGGCAACAACAAGCAGUGAUGGUGCUUCACCAUCGAGCACCUUUGCUAAUGGAUCUCAAAAUUCUGCUCAACCGAUCAUCAUUGCACAUAAUGGCGAAGUACAACAGUUGAUAGACUCCCUACAAAUCGCAUGGGGUGUGCAGUAUGAAAUUGCUCGUGGUAUUGGCCUCGGAUACUGGGAUUGGGCUGACAUCACUGAGACCAAGUUGAGAGACUUGAGAGGCACCAAUUGCGAGGCUGCUCCCAAAGUGCCUGUAGUUGUUCUGUCGCGUGCGCAGAACAAUAUUUCUUCGGCUGGCCUCUCUGUCUGGGCUGAACUUGACCGGGAGCAGGAUGCAUUAUGCGCCGAUCCCCUGCGCGGGCUUGGCCUCCAAGGGGAAUGGAGAGGAGAGCCUGAUUGGUAUGGUGGGCGUAUUCAGCAGCUCGGGCGCGUCGUUGAUCUCGGGGAAGGCCGCUAUGGUAUCCUUCUAGAGAAGAUGCAGAAGCUCAAAUCAAAUCGUUUCGCGCGGUUCCUUGGAUCAAGGCGCAUGUUACAGGUCAGUAUCCCGGACGAACUCACGCGCGAGACGAAGAUAGGUGGGCUGCGCAAGUUCUUUGAGAACAAGUUCGUGAUCUGUGGAAGGAUGUUUGCGCCGUUUGGAUCCAAAGAUGGUAAGGUGUAUAUGAUGGAGAUCAGAGAGGAUUACGAACGGCAAUCAUCUGAUGCGCUUGGUGACCACACGCGCCUCUCGCCAACUUCCAAGUGGAUAACUCGAUUUGACCUCGGGUUAUCGACCUCGGUACCGGUAUUACGCUUGCGUGGUAUUGACGUUGACAUCUUCUACAUUGAAGAUAUAGUUGCGCCGUUUGACUCCUCUCUCGGCAAGGCCCCGACCGAGAAUAUAUUCACUGAUGGCUGUGGAUAUAUGAACGGCGCGGCGUUGACGUUGAUUGGACGACGCCUCGGUUACUCCGAGCGGCCAGCUGUGGUGCAAGGUCGUUUCGCGGGCUCGAAGGGUUUGUGGGCCUUACAUCCCCAUGAUAGGGAUCCCCGCGACAAGCCUCGGAUCUGGAUUCGUCCGUCUCAGGAGAAGAUCAAGUACGGACAACUUCACCCUGCCCAGCUAAUCUUCGACCUUGUCGCGCCGCCGCGAAUUACGACUCCGUCGAGGUUGUCCAUGUAUACCAUAAUGAACCUUUCGCACAACGGCGUUCCAGAUGAAGUGUUCACCACUCUUAUGAAGGAUGGGUUGCAAAAGGAGAUUGACGCGUUGACGACAUGGGCAGGCCCCAACUCUAUGCCGCUUCUAUGGAACGCGGUCAACAUCGUCGGGCAUGUCACGAUGACGCAGCUUCGUCGCCGCGUGUCUGUCGGUGCUCGAGUACUCGGACUUGGCCGGGCAAGGGACCGCGAUGAUUGGCAGAGCGAAGAUACUGAAGAUGAUCUGAACGUUAACCCGAGUGACGAUGGGCAUCUUAUAUUCCCCGGUGAGCCCCAGUCCGUGCAUGGCGCAGUUCUAGAACUGCUACAGGCGGGAUUCCAUCCACUGGAGCUCCCAAUACUGUAUGAAAAGCUCCGCCAGAUCGUUGAGAAACGCAUCGAAGAGUUUAUCAAGGAAUAUCGAAUUGUCUUAGAAAAUUCUGCUGAGGCUUUCAUCAUGCCUGACCCAUACGGAGUAUUAGAAGAAGGUCAAAUCCAAUUCAUAGCGACACAGAAUUUAAAGGACCCUCUUGAGGACCCCAUGCCAAUGGCGAUUACGGGCGAAGUCCUACUUUAUCGAAACCCAGCAAGAGUACCUUCGGACGUUCGGAAGGUGAUUGCUGUCGUUCACCCCAAACUUGUGGAGUACGUCAACGUGAUUGUACUGCCUACCAAAGGCAAACGCUCGCUUGCAAAUAUUCUGGCAGGAGGCGAUGUUGAUGGAGACGUCGCGGUCUGUAUUUACGAGCCAUCUUUGGUCAAACCGUUCCGAAAUGGCCCCAUUAAUGAUCCGCCUCCCCGAUUCAAAGAGAAUAACUUUGAGACGGAAGGUUCAAUCGAGAGGGUCUGUGACUUCUCGGAUCGGUUGAAGAGUUUGCCGCCUGCUGCGGCGCAGUCGGAGCUUCAGAAAGUGCUGCUAUCUGGUUUGUCUAAGGCAGCAGUUGGAACAUAUUCUAUCUUUCAUGAAAAUACGGCCUACACCCUUGGAUACGAUCACCUGGAGACGCUGCGUCUUGCAUUCAUGUUCACAACGGUUCUGGACUCGCGCAAAACCGGGUUGAAAGUAAUAGAUCGAGUGCAGAAAAACGACAGACAGUCGUAUGAUUACGCGCGACCCCUUUGCAUGAUACCAACGGAUACCACCGGAUCAUUCGAUGGCUUGAAGCGGAAGAUGUCGCGCAGAAGCACUGUGCCUUUUGUCUUGGAUAAACUCCUGGAAGAGGGCAGGGCGCUUCAGAACGGACACCUCUCUUUCUACGAUGGCCUUCGCAGCCAGCUCGCAAAGACUAACGAUCCGGACCUGGAGAAACCAUUUCAAAGGGUCCAGAUGCUCGCUCAGCGUGCAUCAGCGGAUCAAUACAAUAGUAUUUCCAAUGAGGUCGCUCUGAUCCAGGAGCAUAUCAACGAGCAUUUUAGACAGUACCAACGUCUCGCAGUGGGCUCACGGUCGCUGACUAGAGCAUCAUCGUCCAGCUCGUUUGGGAAGAAAAAAGCGAAACCCGACAAGGAUCGCUCGUACGAAGAUCUCGCCGUUAACUUUGCCCGUGGUCCGGAUCCCGAGAGUAUUCCGCUACUCUCGUUCUCGCCCAACCAUCUGGAGACAGUUUUGGCUUCUUGCGCUUAUACCACGAUUCAAAACGGGAAGUUCCCGUUCAGUGUUGCGUUCCGCAACCUGUGCAAGAUUAAGGCCGAAGCAGGGGGGUCCGUCGCGUUUACCCGUGAAUUCGCGGAGAUCAUGACAAUAUCCUCAUCUGCUGCAAGAAUUCUGUCGCAAGCGAGUUCGGAAUGA